AUGGGUCGGUCUGAUCAAAUUGCGUUGGGGUUUCUUUUAUUUCUCUAUUCAGUUCAAUUAAAUCACAUUUCAAGCCUCAAAGUUGUUUGGAGAAAAGAUCAGAACUUGGACCGAGCCAUUGAAAACGAUAAACGGUACAAGCUCUGUGCUCAGGUCGUCAAGGAAGUCUUAAAUGAACCGGGUCAAGUCAUCCCUCUCCGCUACUUGGAAAAAAGGCGGGAGAGAUUACGCCUUAAUGUCAGAGUUAAAACCUUUAUUAACAAUAACCCUGGUCUUUUCGAUACUUACUAUGAUCGAAUUAGACCCAAAUCCGAUCUUGUCCCGUUUUUGCGGCCUAGUAACAGGCUGAGGAAUUUCCUUGAAGAGGAAAAACGGAUUUUUGAUGAAAAUGAGGAGUUGGCUGUUUCUAAGCUUUGUAAAUUGUUGAUGAUGUCUAGAUAUAAGGUGAUUAGUGUUGAUAAAUUGGUUCAUGUAAAGAGGGAAUUUGGUUUGCCGAAUGAUUUUUUGGUUAACUUAGUGAGCAAGUAUUCAAAUUACUUUAGGUUAACAGGGUCCCCCGGAGAGGGACAAUCGUUUUUGGAAUUGGUUGAGUGGAAUCCUGAGUUUGCUAAGUCUGUUAUUGAGCUAAGAGCAGAAGCGGAAUCAAGGUUAACGGGGGUUCGAGUUAGGCCAAAUUUUAGCUAUAAGUUACCACCGGGUUUUUCUCUUAGGGAAGAAAUGAGAGAGUGGGUUAGGGAUUGGUUAGAGUUGGAUUAUACAUCUUCGUACAAAGAUAUGUCGAAUUUGGAUAAAGCUUCGCCUGAAAUGGAGAAAAGGAUGGUGGGGGUUUUGCAUGAGUUACUUUCCCUUUCAUUGCUGAAGCGUCCGGUGCCGAUAUUGGGUAAGUUCACCAAUGACUAUAGGUUUUCAAAUGCUUUUUCGAGUGCAUUCACGAGGCAUUCAGGGAUUUUCUACAUGUCGCUAAAAGGUGGGAUAAAGACUGCAGUGCUAAGAGAGGCGUAUAAAGGUGAUGAGUUGAUGGAUAAGGAUCCAUUGCUUGAGAUAAGGAUAAGUUCGAUUCACAUCAAUUGUAUUUUGAUAUAA